AUGAUAACUUGGUUUACAAUUUUGGUUCUUGCUCUGGUUACUUUCCUAACAGUAUAUUUGAUUUAUCACUAUCCAACAAAGCAAACACCGAUUCAUGUUAAGCUUUUUGUAGGUAUUGGCUGGUUCACAUCAUUUAUCAUCGUAACUCUUAUCCCAUUUGAUGUGUCCUUAGCCCUUGGAGCAGAAGGAGAUGAGCAUUUUCUCUAUAUGUGCUGAAAAGUUAUUUAUUGGACUGUAUUUUGUUUAUGCUGGUUCUUUAUGCCAAUACUUAUGAAUUAUACUGGUUAUUAUUAAAUAAAUCCCCUCUAGAACUGUUUUUGGCCCUUAUAUAGCUAGAAUUAAUCAGUAUAUCAUCAAGCUGGUGAAUUCACUGUAUUAUCUAAAUUGCAAAAGGCUCUGUUUGUUUAUAUCAGAUACCACGUAAUCUUAGCAGCAGUCGGUGGGGCUUUGCUUCUCUAUGCAUAUAUUGCUCAUGGUCUUACCUUGUAAUCAUAACAUAGAACCGACAUAACAGCAUUUUUGAUUAUCAUCAGCAACUGUUGGGGAUUAAUUCUAAUUAUCACUUUAUUAGGAUAUGGCUUAGUAGCUAUCCCUAGAAGCUGAUGAAAUUAUGGAAACCUCGAGCAUGCAUUAGACUAUGUCGCAAUGAAAGCAUUUUUUAUGGACGAAGCUCUCAUAGAAGCCAAAUAUCAGCUUGAUCAACAUGUUGGCAUGAUAAUGAGCCUAGAUAAACAAAUAGUGAAAGAGACCAAACUUAGAGAAUGAUACGAAAUAAUGCUCAGUAUAUGCCCUGAAGAAUCACUGCAGCACAACAGAGCUAUCAGCGGGUACCGAGUUGACUCAAAAGAAGUCGUCAACGAGAAAAAGCUGAUUAAAAUCAAUUUAGACCUCAAAAAAUUGAUCUCCAACUAUAUUAGAACCAAAUGGUAAGUCAAUAAUAAGAGUCGUUGGGAAGAAUUGCUGAAAGAAGCAUUUCACAUACAAGAUAUUGUAAACAACAAGAAAAACCCAGAAAAAAAAAUAGAAAGCGCAUUUUGGUCAAAAAGAGCUGGAAAAUUAGGCAGGAGCAUUGAAGUGUCAGAAUGGCUGUGAUUUUGCUGAAUUAACCCUAUUUUAGCCAGAGUAAUCGCAUUAUUACUAUAUUUCGCAAGCAUUUGGAUCAUAGUUGGCGAGUCAACUUUGUUUAUUGACACCCCAGUUGCUGCAUUUCCUAUAUUAUUUGAGCACGAAUAUGGCGAUGAAGCGACACAGAUUUUAUGCUUUUUUAUCCUUUUAUAUAUUAUUGUAUCCACUUAUCUCGCACUUUUUAAGCUAAAAUUAGGAGGGAAAUUUGGCUUAUAUGCUCCAAGGCUUACAGAUCCUCCAAAUUUAUUAUGAUGUGCUACGUUUAUGGCUAGGCUUGUAGCUCCUCUCAGCUAUAAUUUUUUGCUUCUUAUUAAAGUUACAGAUACCCAGUUCAAUAAAGUUAUGAAAAACAUCAAUUUAAUCCCAAUUUUCGGGUCAGGAUUUGCAAUGUAUGUGCCUUUAUUACUUUUAGUGUUCUGUUUAAUGAAUUUCUUUAAUAUUCAUACAAAAAUAAUGGCAAGUCUUGGAAUGUCACAAUUCAGUUUUGGGGAUAAAUAUGAUAAAGAGAAACUUAAAGAAGGACAAGCGCUGAUUAAAAAAUGUAUAUUUUUAUAAGGAAAAUGAAUAAUUUUAUUAGUAGGAUUAUAUAAAGGAGAAUUUAUUGAAAAUAACUAUAAUAAAAAAUUAGUUAGGGCUGAAAAAGAAAGAAAAGGGGUCAGUCCUUCUUUUGCAAGUAAUGCAGGAUAUUUUCAGAGGAUCGCAACAGGAGGUUUAGAAGAGCAGAAAGCGUCAUUUGUGUCAGUGAGAAGUGAAAGAAGAGGGUCAGCCAGAGCAGCACCUCAGUAUGAAGAAACCAAAAAAUUAAUCCCAGAUGCAAGUGAGACCUUAAAGAAGCCAAAAAGAGAUAUUUAUGAUUUUUAA